GUCAGAGUGAUCGAGAAGGACCGUCCACUCGUUUCUGACCACAGAGAGAGAGAGAGAGAGAGAGAGAGAGGGAGAAAGAGAGAGAGAGAGAGAGAAAGAGAGAGAGAGAGACAGAGAGAGAGAAAGAGACAGAGAGAGAGCGACAGAGAGAGAGAGACCACUGCAAGGAGAGAGGGUGGAAAGACCUCAGAUCGACUGAAUAGAGUGACGUGGACUCCAGAGCCAGGCACGCAAGUGCUGUACUCUCAUUCAGCUCAGCAUCAUCUUCCUCACGAACAUGACAGCCUGCAUCUUCAUUCGGGGCGGGAAGAUCGACAGACAGCUGGCAGAGGAUGAGAUUGAAGAGCUGCGUGAGGCCUUUGAUGAGUUUGAUAAGGAUAAAGAUGGACUGAUCAGCUGUAAGGACCUCGGGAACCUGAUGAGGACGAUGGGCUACAUGCCUACUGAGAUGGAACUGAUCGAACUGGGCCAGAACAUCAACAUGAACCUGGGAGGCCGAGUGGACUUUGAGGACUUUGUGGAGCUGAUGGCACCAAAGCUCCUGGCUGAAACGGCCGGCAUGAUUGGCAUGAAGGAGCUGAGAGAUGCUUUCAAAGAGUUUGACAUGGAUGGAGACGGAGAGAUCACAACAGAAGAGCUGAGGCUGGCAAUGACUAAGCUAAUGGGGGAAAACAUGAACCGCCGAGAGAUCGACGCAGUGGUUAAAGAGGCGGAUAACAACGGCGACGGAACAGUAGACUUUGAAGAGUUUGUGAAAAUGAUGUCGAACUGCUGAGAGAGGAGCGUGGACACACACAAUCACACACACACACACACACACACACACACACACACACACACACACACACACACACACACACACACACACACACACACACACAACGAGAUAAAAAUAAAUAAAUAAGUUGUAUACAGAGACACUUUACCAAACUAAACGUCAGCUUCAAAUAUGACUUUCCACUGAAUAUUAAACAACAUCAAAAUGUGUAUAUAUGAGGUCAAAAUGUAAUAUGUUAUAUAUUAUAUGAAACU